UCACGUUUAUGCUCGUAAUAGGUGUACCUAGCCAUUGCCGACCCAAAAUGGCAGAAUGAUUCAAAUUAUUACAUACUUCUUGGAGGCGAGAACAACGGUCAGCCGACAGCCGAUCCUACAAAUGGUCUCAACUUUAUAGGCGACGUUCAGAUUCUUCAAUCAGCCUCCACUUCGGUCCCUUCCUCAUCCUCAUCCUCCUCUUUUACACAAUCUUCGGGCACGGUACAACCUUGGUCUCUACCAGUGCCAUCUACACAUCUAAGGAAAUGGUCUACAGGUGGUAUGCGCCACAAAGUUGUAUAGCACUGUCGUCUGGGAAACCUUCCUCCACAACACUGCUAACAACUCCUUCAAUGACUCCGACAGCCGGAUCUUCUCAUCAGUUCGACCGUUACAGAUCAUGUGAUGAGUUGGAGGUAGCAAAGGCUUUGCUGCAGUACACAUACUUCAACUCGUCUCUGGCCCUUCCCUGUCCCGACACAAACCCACAUUCCUCAGAGUCCAUCCUUCAGCGGUUUUGCCAAGCUCCGUCUGCUUCCAGAUGGAUUCCUGUGAACGGAGUCAAGGUGAUAGAACACUGUGACGAGAUAGCGAAGUUUACCCCGGUGGCGUUUUUCAAGUCCCUUCUCGGAGUCUCUCUAUACGAUCGUGGGUUGAACGGUGGAAUGGCUGGCGUCUUCUUUGGAUGCGUUAAGAAGGACGGAAUUCUGAAAAGUGUCAAGAUUGGUAUACAGCUGUGUGGGUUCCCGUUUGAUGUAGCUCUCAUACAUCCCGGUGACGUGGAUCUCCAGUCAUUGUACAUCGUCAACACCUUGUAGGAUUAGUGGAAAUCAAUCCAAUAAAACAUAUUCAUUAUCAUA